AUGGGUGGAAUUUAUGAACCAUGUCUUAUUUCCGUACUUACCCAAGUUGGAAAUCGAACAGGAUUUACAGGGGGUUUCAAAGGUAACUUUGUAAGUUCAAAUAAGCAGAUUGGGUAUUGAAGCAUAUUGCAAGUCGCAACACAAUCUAACCAACAAAGCACUUUACUCAUGACUACAGCGAAGUCUUAAGUUCCAACAGGCUCGUUCCAACAGGCUCGUUCCAACAGGCUCGUUCCAACAGGCUCGCCGUUCAUGCUCUUCUCAGUCUUCCCUCAGCCAGUACUGGAUAACAUUGUUGGGGUAGUCCUCCGAAAAGAAUCCUUCCAGACGGAGGAGUUCUAG